GCGCGCCUUGUCGUUGUCAGUCGCGCGGUCACUCGACAUAACACCUCAGGCCUGAGAGGUACGCUGGUGCUCGAGCAGCCCGCAUGCUACUCGUCGGCAACUGACCGAUACCGUACCGGUCUCAGUCGCGCGUGACCUCCGCCCUUGCGGAGCGCCCGUGUCCACCGCGACACCACCAACUGACACCGCGGUAUGUCCCUGAAGCCUCUUGCUCUGGCUGGAGUAGCAGAUUCAUAUUUUCAAUUAAGAAAAUAAGUGUUUCAAAAUGAUAGACAAAAAGAACAUUUGAACUUAACCAGUGAAUUUCUAUUAAACACGAUGUCGACGAACGUAAAUAAAAUAGUGUUAACGAUGUAAGUGAUAAAGUAGACGUUAUUUGUGAGAUGUUGGGUGCGAGCAAACUACAGUGAAGUGAACCAAAAUCCAGUCGAAAUGACGAUGAAAUCGCUGAAGUAUAGCGAGCGGGAGGAUAUGAUGGAGGGCUUCAGCCCGGUGCCACCCCCCCUCCCGCGUCGACAGCCCGUCAGAAAUAUCUACGCGGAGCCUUUCGUAGACCCGAGGUACACGUCAUCGGGCGUGACUAACGAAUGGCUCGCCCUACAGACCCUAAAUUCAGAGUCGUUGGGUAAUACAGGCAUGUCGAGCGGCAUGGGCGGUGGUACGCUGGGCAGCGCACAUUGCCAACUAGCGAACCAGCCUUUGGUGAUGCCAGUGUUCCCACUACGAGCCAGCCAGCCCAGUCCCGUGCCGGUGUAUUCCCCCUCACGCUUCCACAUAGACAAGCGAUGUCAACAUCGGUGCACGUGGAAAUGCCUCGCGAUAGCCAUGAUAUGCCUCUGUGUCAUCUUAGCAGCUAUGCUCGCGUACUUUAUAGCAUUAUCGUCAAUUAAAAGUAAUAUAGACAAUUCAAAUUGCAUCCUGGUUCAAGAUGUGAAAGCAGUAACACAUGCACAAGGGAUUAGAGAUGCACUAUCAACAUCAUCACCUUCAGACGAAUCAAUAUCAACGUCAUCGCUGGGUUGGUCAACAACAGCAGAAGCUGCGUUAGAGUCAGCAAUCAUACCGCAGCAAGCACAACAAGCAGCGCCUCCACCCUGGUCACCAGCGCUGGAAGUUAGAGAAUUUGACGAAUUACAUAGUGCGACCAUACCUGCUUACCAAUUUUGGAGUUCAGAAUUCCGCAACAAACAACCCGCAUAUGUUAGCCUAAACUUCACGGUACCAUGGGGCGCCAACUUCGCUGUAUAUGGCAGACGAAACGUGGCACCAAGCGUUACCCAGUACGACUUUGUAGAAUUUAUUCGAGGCGGUAGGGUCGACCACAGACUCAGAAGAAGAAGAAGUCCUCACAAACAUGACUCGAAUGAUCAUGGCCUUGAUGACUGGGAUACGUUAUUAAGCACGAAUAGCCCAAUGCGUCGAUGGAACCAUACAAUAACUAGGAGAUCUGCCGACAUGAGGGUCAAUGUCAGUAUUUUACAGUACCUUGACACAGGAAGAUGGUUUAUUUCUAUAUACAAUGAUGAACUACAACCGCAUAGUGUCGAGAUGAUAGUGUCCGAAGCUGAAGGCGUUACAAAUUCUUGCCCUGAUGAUUGUUCUGGACAUGGAUCUUGCUACCUCGGAAAAUGUGAAUGCAUGGACGGCUACGAAGGACACGAUUGCUCAAAAAGUGUAUGUCCGGUACUAUGUUCUGGGCAUGGUGCGUACGCAGGCGGGAUAUGUCAUUGCUCAGAAGGGUGGAAGGGUGCUGAGUGUGAUGUUCCCUCUCACGAUUGUGAGCCUGCCGAUUGCUCUGGACGAGGAGUGUGUGUCGCGGGUCAUUGUCAAUGCAACGCUGGAUGGAAAGGACCUAAAUGCGAUGAAGAGGAUUGUCUGGAUCCGACGUGCGGCGGUCACGGUUCAUGCGUGCGCGGGCGCUGCGUGUGUCGUGCUGGAUGGCGCGGCGCCGCGUGCACCGAGCGCGACGCGCGCGUGCAGCGCUGUCUGCCCGCGUGCUCACAGCGAGGUGUUUACGACCUCGACGCCGGGAGAUGUGUCUGCGACCCUUUAUACACUGGCGAUGAUUGCUCUCAAGUGGUGUGUUCUCUGGAUUGUGGUCCCCGCGGAGUUUGUGCGGAAGGCGUGUGCCGAUGUGACGAAGGGUGGACGGGCGCACGAUGCGACCAACGGCCUUGUGACCAACGUUGCCAGGAUCACGGCCAGUGUAAAAACGGCACCUGUGUCUGCACUCAAGGAUGGAAUGGUCGACACUGCACACUUCCUGGUUGCCCGAACGGUUGUUCUCGUCACGGUCAAUGUCUUCUCGAGGAUGGAGUCUACAGAUGCUCAUGCGCUGAUGGUUGGGCUGGCACCGAUUGUUCCAUCGCACUUGAACUCUCUUGCAAUGAUAACGAAGAUAAUGAUGAAGAUGGAAUGACGGACUGUUCCGACUCGGAGUGCUGCAGCCGGCCGGAAUGCACCGAGCACAUCAUGUGUCUAGCGUCCAAUGACCCUGUCGAAGUGUUACUGCGAAAACAACCUCCGUCUGUCACCGCAUCAUUCUACCAACGCGUCAAGUUCCUCAUCGAAGAAAAUUCGGUACAAAGCUACGCUCACAUGGACGAGUAUUCCGAGAGCGCGUUCUGGAAUUCCUUUACACCAUGCCGCGUGUCCGUGAUGCGGGGGCAAGUGGUAUCACCCCAAGGACUGGGCAUCAUCGGCAUCAGGGUCUCCGUCGAUAGAGAAGCGAGGUUCGGGUUUACGCUUACAAGACAGGGUGGAUGGUUCGACGUGUUGGUGAAUGGAGGUGGUGCAGUGACGCUGCAGUUCCAAAGAUCGCCGUUCAAACCUUUACGGAAGACCGUCUUCGUGCCAUGGAAUCAGAUCGUCGUCCUACCGCCAGUACAAAUGGAAUUAACGGAUGAGAGCGUCAAAGUGCCUACACCCAGAGCACCACAACGUCUGGAUUGGUCACCGAUGCCCCAAUGGUGGGAAGUGGAAUCCCCACCUUGCGCUGCCCACGACCACGAGCGUCUCCGACCUGAAGUGGUAGCUGUACCACCACUAGCUGCACCUGCUGCUUCAUCUGCUACCACCACUACCGUCGUUUAUCCUGAAGCUCAGAUCGUAAGUGAAUCCAUCGGCAUCCCAGGUUCAUCAGUCAAACUGACCUACCGUUCUUCACAAGCUGCCGGGUACCUCUCCUGUGUCCACAUUCAACUGACGCGUCGAGUCGUACCGGCUGCCUUAGCCAGGGUUCAUGUACGAGUUGAGAUCGAGGGCUCUCUACAUACACAUAGUUAUGAAGCGGAUCCUGACUUGACACACGUAUUUGCUUGGAAUAAGAGGAACGUUUAUAAGCAAAAGGUAUACGGCCAAGCUCAAGCGAAGAUUUCAAUCGGUUACGAAUAUUCGUCCUGUUCAUCUAUCGUUUGGGAGACACAGACAGCUACACUGGCAGGUUUUGACGUAGAUAUUUCUGAUAUUGGCGGCUGGGGUCUUGAUAUACACCAUCAUUAUAACUUCCACGAAGGCAUUUUGCAAAAGGGAGACGGAGCUCUGUUGCAUUUGAAGCAGUACCCUAGAACUGUACAGGUGGUAAUGGGAACUGGACUCCAACGCUCCCUUGAGUGUCCGGAUCAUUGCAACGGCAAAGCAGCUGACGCUCGUCUGUUAACUCCAACCGCUCUAACCUCUGGACCUGAUGGAUCCCUAUAUGUGGGAGACUUCAACUUCGUACGUCGUAUCACUCCUGAAGGGAUCGUUACCACAGUUCUUAAAUUAGAAACCACGCAAGUCGCUUACCAAUACUAUAUCUGCAUAUCACCAGCUGACGGACACUUAUACAUAUCCGACUCUGAAAAGCAUCAAGUUAAAAGGGUCUUGGCAUUGGAAAAAGUUAGAGAUCCGUCGUUAAACUCUGAACCUGUCGUCGGUAAUGGUGAUCGCUGUGUGCCUGGUGAUGAAAAUAACUGCGGAGAUGAGGGACUGGCUAUUAAAGCUAAGCUUGCUCAUCCAAAAGGUCUUGCUAUCGCUGCUGAUAAGACAAUGUAUAUUGCUGACGGCACCAACAUUAGAGCGGUUGAUCCAAAUGGUGUCAUACAUACAUUAGUUGGACAUCAUGGCCAUCACAACCACUGGUCGCCAGUUCCUUGUCGUGGUGCUAUACCUCCUUAUGAGGCUCAAUUACAAUGGCCUACUGGAGUAGCUUUGUCUCCACUCGACGGAUCUCUUUACUUUAUUGAUGACAGAAUAAUCCUCAAGUUGACAGUAGAUAUGAAGAUCAAGGUUGUAGCCGGUCAACCAUCUCACUGUCGCGUUGGGACUGACGGCAAGCCAAUCAGUAAAGUAACAAACAGAACUAAUUCAGACUUCAGAGAAGACUCUAGCUUAGGAACCAUACAAGCGAUUGGGUUUGCCCCCAGUGGUAUUCUUUACGUAGCUGAAGCGGAUUCAAAGAAACAAAAUACCAUUAAAACUAUAGAUCCUUCUGGAAAGAUUAUGCACUUCGCUGGAAAGUUGCAGGAGAAUUUAAAAGAACUAAGCUGUGAAUGUAACUCCUCAAGUUCUGCUACUGCGAUACCAGUCAAUACUCGUGAAGAAGGUGCAGGCUGCCCUUGCCGACUUAGCGUCGCGGCAGGUGAUGAGCCACCAACAAGUACAGAGACCUUGCUAUCUUCGAACGCUAAAUUCCAGACUAUAUCGGCUCUUGCUGUCACUCCGGAUGGUGUUCUAAAUGUUGUAGACCAAGGUUCCCUGCAUAUUCUUGCUUUGAAGCACUAUCUACCUACACAUGACGAAAAUGGAGAAUUCAGAAUACCGUACCCACCAACAACAGAAAUUUAUGUAUUCAACCGAUACGGACAACAUAUCACCACCAAAGAUUUGACAUCUGGAAAGACAAGAUAUUCCUUCCUCUAUUCAAAGAACACUAGUUUUGGCAAGCUGUCUACUGUAACCGAUGCUUCUGGAAACAAGAUACAAUUACUUCGAGAUUACAGCAAUGUAGUAAGCUCGAUUGAAAACACGCAAGACCACAAACUUGAACUCAAGAUAUCUGGCAUCGGGUUCCUGACCAAAAUAUCUAAGAAGGGCGCCUCAGAAAUUGAAAUGGAUUAUGAUGCUAAUUCUGGAUUGCUCAACAGUCGUUCAGGGGCUGGAGAUACCGUCAUCUACACGUACGACGAAUUUGGUCGAGUAACCAAGAUUAUUAUGCCAUCUGGAGAACAGGUUCACAUAUCAUCUGGGCUCGCAAAAAAUUACGGCUUAGCAGUGACUGUUUCAAAUCCAUCAAGUACUAUCCCUGUUGGAGUGGCUAAGAAAUGCGAAUAUGUGUUACAUGGCCAAUCAUUCAAACAGAUCACAAUUAAUAACGGGAAACAGAUAACUGAAGGACGAAUUUACUCCAAUAACACGUUGCUUUUGGAUACUCCGUGGGGUGGAAAGUUCGAAAGCAUAGCUGCUGCCAAACACCCAUUACUAGAAGCUGCGCUACCCAUUGAAGCUGAAAUGCUCCAUAUGUGGUCACAUCAAACUACAUCAUUCGGAGAUGGUCUCGUUAAUAAUAUGUACUCUCUAUACACUUUGGUUGGCGACGUAAGAAAUCCUCAGCAAACUUUGAACCGAGAAAUUUGGGUCAAUGAUUCGAGAGUUCUAAUUAUCGAGUUCGAUCAAUUCAAAAGUCGAGAAACAUUCUUCAAUACGGACCGUAAUCCACUUUUCACCAUUUCUUAUGAUGUUGCUGGCUUACCGCUAUCAUUCUCUCCUCAUGGAGCUGGUGUUCCCAUAAAUAUCUCAUACGACAGGUUCUAUAGGAUAAACGGAUGGAAGUGGGGUGAAAGCGAGGAGACCUACAGCUACGACCCACACGGAAUGCUCUCAGAGAUUACCAGCCCACAAGACGGAACCAAAUAUAUUUACUACAAUGAAGGCAAUCUUGUGUCAAAAAUCACGUUAGCAAGCCAGAGAAGUUUCAAAUAUACGUAUGAUGAAGAUGGCGGUUUGACCCAUGUUGUCUUGCCUUCUGCAACUAAUCACUCAUUCAGUGUACAACCUUCUAUUGGGUUCUUAAGGGUCACAUACACACCACCAGGUUCUACUAAGAAGUACUUGCAGCAUUAUUCUCAUACCGGAGAACUUUUGCAAACUGUAUUCCCUGGUGAUGGUGCUAGAGUUGUUUACCGGUAUUUCACGACUAACAAAGUUUCAGAAGUUGUUCACGGCGAUGGACAAACACAGAUCCAUUAUGCCGAAAAUAGCGGCCUUCCAUCAGAAAUAUUGCACGUAGAUCGUGAUGUCGACUACAGAUGGGAGUCAACUUACGUUGGUGGUUUACUAACUGAAGAGAGACUGGACUAUGGCGCAAAAACAGGUCUAAGCAAUGCAAAGAUAAUCUACGAGUAUGACAACAACUAUAGAAUAACGUCUGUUCAAGGACGUAUAGGUGGGCAGACGCUCAUUCCACAUCAUAUCGUGUAUAACAUCAAAACUGGAGCACCCGAAGUUCUUGGACAAUUCACUGUAUCCAAACAAAAAUGGAACGAAACAUCCGUAUACGAUGGCAUCGCUAUGUUCUCUCGUGUCCUGAACGAACAGUUUUUAGAAAAGGAAGUCACUGUCAACAUACAUAGGAUGGAAGUUUUCAGAAUGGAGUUUUCUUACGACAGGCAUGGGAGAAUAUCUCAAACACGAACCCAUACAAGAAAUGUUGGUGUCAAUAGUUACACUAAUGUGAAGAAUUACACCUGGGAUUGUGAUGGACAGUUGACCGGGGUUGAGGCGCAGGAACCAUGGGGCUUCAGAUACGACGACAAUGGAAACAUGUUGUCGUUGACUUACAGAGGCAAUACAAUUCCCAUGGAGUACAAUGAUAUGGACCGCAUCAUUAAAUUCGGAGAAGGACAAUAUAGAUACGACAGUAGAGGUCUUGUAUCUCAAAAUGCAAGAGAAGAGAGGUUCCAGUACAACUCCAAGGGUUUGUUGACCAGGGCUACGAAACGUGGAAGAUUUGAUGUCCGCUAUUACUAUGAUCAUUUAGACAGGCUCUCCACAAGAAAGGAUAAUUUCGGAAAUGUAACACAAUUCUUCUACACCAACAAAGAUAGACCACACGAAGUCAGUCAUAUCUACUCACCCCGUGAAAACAGAUUCAUGACACUGGUUUAUGAUGACAGAGGAUAUCUCAUUUACACACAGGUGGCCCGUCAUAAAUAUUAUAUUGCUACCGAUCAAUGUGGUACUCCAGUAAUGGUAUUCAAUCAGUAUGGAGAAGGUAUCAGAGAAAUAAUGAGAUCACCAUACGGUCACAUUGUCUACGACUCCAACCCUUACUUGUAUCUGCCUGUGGACUUUUGCGGAGGACUUCUCGAUCAAGUGACAUCACUUGUACAUAUGGCCAAUGGAAAAGUGUACGACCCUCUGAUUGGACAAUGGAUGUCACCACUAUGGGAGAAUCUAAUUGAAAGAAUACACAACCCGACGCAACUGCACCUAUACCGAUUUAAUGGCAACGAUCCUAUUAACGUGCAGCCACAGAACAAAAAGCCAACUGAUCACAUGUCGUGGUUGAAACUCCUGGGAUAUGACACCAAAAGCCUGGCGCCACAACUAUACCCAGACGAACUACCUGGAGGCUCUGUACUGCCAAGUAUCCCCCGCGGCCGUCCCGUAUGGGGAACCGCACCAGACAACAGCAACCCUGGCCUACCCUCUGCCAUGUCGUUGCUGCCCAGCGUCAGCAUAGAGUCGGGAUUCCUAUCACACAUGUCCAACAAACGUAUUGCGGACUUCAAAAGCUUGUCGAUAACAGCCAUGUCUGCUCUCAAGACUGAUGCUUUGAACUUAGCUCCUAAACGCAUUGGAUCUGACUCAGAACCACCUUUCGGAAGAGGCAUCCUCGUAUCACGUAACUCGCGUGGUCGCGCCGUAGUCACAGCCGUUCCAUCUGCCAACGCAAUCUACCGAGACGUGUACACAUCUGUUUUCAACCGAUCACACUUACUGCCAUUUUCGUUCGUGGUACACGGCGAUCAACAGGACGUGUUCUAUUUCGUAAAAGAAGACACAUGGCGCGCCGUUGAUGACAAACAGCAGCUGAAACGGAUGCAGGGUAAACUGAACGUGACAUUCCAUGAAGUAGCUGAAGGAGGACGCUCUUACGCGGAUGUGAAAAUACAUGGUGAAACUACUAUUGUGAAUUUGCGGUACGGAACGAGCGCAGAGCGUGAACGACAGAGGCUGCUGCAUCACGCCCGUGCGGCAGCCGUACGAAAGGCGUGGCACAGAGAGCGCGAGGCGCUUCGCGGAGGGCUCGGCGGCUCGCUCGACUGGUCUGCUGCAGAACUGGACGAAAUCCAAAAGGCAGGCUCUGCGGCGGGCUACGAAGGCGAGUACAUCCAUGACGUGGCGCGCUACCCCGAGCUAGCCGAGGACCCGUACAACGUGCGCUUCGUCAAGAAGCGGUCCGAUCGCGCCGAGCGCCGGCGGCGGAAGCGCGAAGACUGCCGCGCGCCCUGGUGGCUCGCCUGGGACGAUAUCUGCUAGUGAUGUGCCGCCAUCCAUAUGCCAAAUCGUGUGAAUGUAAAUCGGUGUGUGUGAACGGUGAAGAAUGUUUGUGAUGAGUGCUUGUGAAAAUAUAUUUUGUAAAUAGUCUCUAUUAAUUGUUAAUUGUUGAUGUAUGUAUGUACGGUAGACGCGAAUCCCUAUCGCUGUGUAAAUAAUAAAUUUUAAUUUGCAGGGAGAGAAUGGACCUUUUGAGAGGACUGAUAUUAAAUGUAAUGUAUGUAUAAAUAAGACGAUUUAUGUGAAUAUAAAAUUAUUUAUACUUAUUUAUCGGUAAAAAAGCUUCGAUUGUGUCCAAUGUUCUUAUAAAAUUUAGAUGAAGACUAUUUGAAAGAAUAAUAAAAAGGCAUACUUUUUUAACCAAAUCAAGCUGUAGUUUUAUAUUAUUAUGAACCUAAAAAUUCUGUCCUACUGUGAU